AUGCUUCUUCUUGUCUGGUACCCAGUCUUGGCCAUUGGAGCCUUUCUGGGAAUUAUCCUUAUACAUGCCUUGCGACAAAAGCUCUUUCGAAAGGCGGGAGAGCCUCCUCUCAUCUUCCACUGGCUUCCCUUCAUCGGCAAUGCUGUGUCGUAUGGCCUAGAUCCGUGUAACUUCUUCAUGAAGUGUCGAGAGAAGCACGGCGACGUCUUCACCUUUGUCCUCUUUGGCCGCAAGAUUGUCUGCUGUCUCGGAGUCGAAGGCAACGACUUUGUCCUCAACAGCCGACUCCAAGACGCCAACGCCGAAGAGAUCUACGGUCCCCUCACGAUCCCCGUCUUCGGUAGCGAUGUCGUAUACGAUUGCCCCAACUCCAAGUUUAUGGAGCAAAAGAAAUUUGUCAAAUUUGGCCUCACGCAAAAGGCUCUCGAGUCCCACGUCCAGCUUAUCGAACGCGAAGUCCUCGACUAUAUACAUGCUGUGCCGGCCUUCUCUGGAAGCGAGGGUACUGUCGACAUUUCCAACGCCAUGGCUGAGAUUACAAUUUUUACCGCUGCUCGAUCGCUACAAGGGGAAGAAGUCAGGAGGAAGCUCACGGCAGAGUUUGCUGCUUUGUAUCAUGACCUUGAUCUUGGCUUCAAGCCCGUCAAUUUUCUCUUCCCCUGGGCUCCUCUACCUCAUAACCGAAAACGAGACGCUGCUCAUGCCAAGAUGAGGGAUAUCUACAUGGACAUUAUCAAUAAGCGAAGAGCGGAAGGGGGUGAUCUGGGAGAGUACUCCGACAUGAUUGCCAACUUGAUGGGUUGCACCUACAAAAACGGACAACCGGUUCCUGACAAAGAGAUUGCUCACAUGAUGAUUACUCUUCUUAUGGCAGGUCAACACUCGUCUUCUUCGGCUAGCUCCUGGAUCAUGUUCCGUCUUGCUUCACGUCCUGAUAUUGCCGAAGAGCUGUACCAGGAGCAACUCACCCACCUGAGUGUCGACGGUUAUCUUCCGCCUCUUCAACAUUCGGACCUCGACAAGCUCACCCUUCUCCAAAAUGUGGUCAAAGAAACCCUUCGAGUUCACUCCUCUAUCCACUCUAUCCUCCGCAAGGUCAAGACACCCAUGCAGGCACCAGGCACCCAGUACACCAUCACCACAGACAAGGUCAUCCUAGCUUCACCUACCGUGACAGCUCUUAGCGAAGAGUACUUCUCCAACGCUAGAACAUGGGACCCUCAUCGAUGGGACAACAAGGAAAAGGAGGAAGUUGCUGGAGAUGAUGUGGUGGACUAUGGCUACGGAAAGGUAUCCAAGGGAACAAAGAGCCCAUAUCUGCCCUUUGGAGCUGGUCGACAUCGCUGCAUUGGAGAGAAGUUUGCCUAUGUCAAUCUUGGAGUUAUUGUUGCCACUAUGGUGCGCAACUUUAAGUUGUCUACGAUGGAUGGGAAAUCAGGGGUUCCGGCAACUGACUACAACUCUCUCUUCUCUAGGCCGGUACAACCUGCCUAUAUCCGAUGGGAGCGACGCAAGGCAUGA